AUGAGACGAAUUAUAUCGAUUAUUACGAUUCUCGGCUCUUGUGGAGAAUUUUAUUGGAAGCUGAGUGGUGUUGAAUUACCCGGUGGUGAUGUCCCAUAUUGUAUUGGGAAUUUGAAAGGAUUAGCCGAGAAAUUGAACACCGAAUCGCUGAUCACUGGCGUCUUCGAAGUGAUCACGAUUUUGAGCGCUUUUGUGCUCUUGGCAUUGUAUGAGAGGGAGAAUAGACUCCGAAAGUCUUAUGAUAUUUCGGUGAACUUGAAACGACGACAGUUGAUUUCAACCAUGGGAUUGUUUCUUCCAUACAGCAUCUUCCAUGGCCUUUGUUUCUUUUCUUAUUCAAUCAUCUCUAUUAUUUAUCGAGAAAUAUUUCUCAACCUGGAAGAACCAUGGUAUUCUACUGGAUCAGGACACAUUUUUGCUCCUCGCUAUUUCACAGCGAUCUCCCCAUGGGUUCUUUAUUGGAUUGUG